CUGCAUCAAAUAAGGCUUUAUUGAGCAAACAUUUCAUGGCUUUGAGCGCCGCGGGGGGGCUGCGGCCGACCACCCCGUCUUCUACAACCAGCCCCUACAACUGCAACCCAGCACCAGCAGUAUUAUUGCUGACGCCAUCCAAGCGGCAGGCAGCCCGCAGCAGCAGCAGCAGCACGAGCGGCAGGAGCACUGCUGGCUGCAGGAGGCUGCUGCGGCCAAGCGGACGCCCGACCAUCAGAGCUGAGGGCGCGGCGCCGAUAAGGGCAGCAGCAGAAAACACCAGCGGCAACGGUCUGUUGCGGGCUGGGCCUGCGACCCACGGGCCGCCUUUGGGCGCUGCCGCUGCUGCUGCUCGUGCUGCUGGAGUUGGUGUUGCUGCUCGUGUUGCGGGUGGUGCUGGUGCUGGCGGUGCUGGUCGAGCGGCGGUCGGUGCUCGACUGGGGCUGCUCGGUGCAGCGACAGGCGGUGCUAGCAGUGCAAGCAGCGGCAAUAGUAUGACUGCUGACCGUUCGGGAGCAGGAGCAGCAACGAGCGCAACUGCGCCAAGUAGUACGCGCCGCCUGCAAGUGCUGUGCCGGUUCCGCGAAGGAGACGGCAGCAGCAGCGGCAGUAGUGGAGCCAGCACCGCUGCUGCUGCUGCUGCUGCUGGCAGUGACAACGGCGAAGCCGUGCCUCUGCUGGCAGGUGGGCAGCAGCACGGGGCAACAGCGGCGGAUGCGGACGCAGUAGCAGCAGGUGCCGGCGGCGGGGCGGGCAACGGCGGCGGCGCGGGCGUGGCAGAGGGUGCGGGUGCGGGUGUGGGUGGUGGUGAGGGCGGUGGCGAGGUGCCGCCGUCUGCCCUGCACGGGCAGGCGCUGCUGGACGCAGCUCCCGCCACGCCCAUCAUCCUGGCUCAGGGGCUGGAGGAACAAGUGGCCGAGGUCAUUGCGCGCUACCGGCUGAUGAAUGACCGACUGGACGCCGUGGAGCACGAGAUGUUGGACCUGGCCCGGGAGCUCAGGGUGGCGGCUGUAGCAGCAGCACCAGCAGGAGGGAGCGGCUGUAGCAGCGACCGGGCUGUAGCAGCGACCGGGCACGUGGCAGGGGUGGCUGCGGUGCCGGCGGCGGCGUCGGGCGCGGGGCACGUGACCGGGCAGGUGUCGGGCGGGGGUUUGGCAGUGGCGGACAUGGACGCAGGGGUUGGGAGCAGGGAGGAGGGCGCCGGGCGGGCUGCGGGAGGGGAGCCGGCGGCGGCUGCCGUGGCGGCGGCGCCGGGCGCCAUGACGGCGGCGGCGCUGGCGCCGGUGGUGGCGGCGGUGACCGGCUCGGCGGCGCCGCACCCGCCGCAUCCACGGCACACGCUGGUGGUGCAGCUACCAGCGGGGGCAUCCGCAGCAGGAGCAGGAGCAGGAGCAGAGUCGGCGGUGGAGGGUGCGGCGGAGGCGCAGGAGGUGGUGGUGAGCGCUCCGGUGCCGGGCGGGGCGGCUGCUGGGGGUGCAGGUGGCGGCGGCGGCGGGAGCGGCGCCACCAGCAAGGGGCAGGAGGCGGCCGCAGACCUCCUGUCUGGCGGCGGCGGCGGCGGCUCUCAGGAGGGGCGCAGCCGGCUGUUUGAGAUCAACCGCAUCCAGUCAGCCAUUACUGAGGUGGCCAACAGCGGCUACCUGGAGUCGGUCAAGGCGCUGCGCGAGACGCUGCUGGUGCAGGAGUGGGGCAUGCAGGCCAAGACGUGGGCGCGCAGGAGGGGCGUGAGCGCCUUCGAGCAAUGGGCCGCACAGCACGCCUCCUCAACCGACCCGCAACAGCAGCGACAGAGCGAAUGUUCCAACGACCCCAACCACCAACCGCAGCAGCAGCAGCACGUGGUGACGUACGAGCAGAUCAGUGCGCUGUACGACGACCCGGACGCUCUGCACGUGCUGCCCACGCCCCGGCUUCGCAUGAUGGCGCGGGCACUCAUCGAGCAGCACACGCUGCAGGCCUACGACGAGACCUUCAAGCGCUGCACGUUGACGGCCGAGGCUCUCGCCAAGGUGGGCCUGGCGGACCUGCUGCCGCACACCGCAGGAGUGGGCCAGGUGCUCAAGAGUGUGCUGCCGGGCGGGGGCCUGAUGGGCCUGUUGGGGUUGGGCAGUGGCGGCUGGCUGAGGCGCCUGCUGCCGUGGCCCUUGCGGGGCGGCGGCGGUGGUGGGAAGUGAGGGAGGCUGAAGAAAAGGAACUGGGGUUCAGCGGUUGAGACCAGACCGACCGAGGCUUGUGCGAAGUGGUGCAACUGGCCUGCACGCCAGGGGAAGCGGCGGGCUGAGUGGGCUUGAGGGAUCAAGGGUGGUAUCGCGGCGUCGGUGUGCUAGUUGUUUAGGCCGAGUUGCUUGGGAAAGCCCCGAGGGCCAAGUAGCAAUCUGAGUGUGAGUUGCUCUUUCGAAACGGCGGGGUGGCAAGAUGGUGGUGUGAAUGGGUGAGCAGCCCAAGCUCUCAGAUGUCACUUCGCCAGUAGCUGGAAGACCUGUUGCGCAUCCGCAAGCAAAGCCUGCACUUAUGUGUUUCGAGGCGAGUAGCAUAUACAUGAUUGCUUCUGAAUGGAUGAUGGAGAAUGUAGUGACAAGGAAGGCUUGGGGUGCACGGGUCCAGGAAAGGGCAUGAGGUGCUGCGGGUACGUGCUUGGUGAUGGAUCCCAGUCGGGAGUCGCCAAAACCCCGCAGAUAUGCAUUUAAUAGAUACAUGUCUGAAAGCCCUUGCGUCAAGACCGCCUCUCUGCACACAGUGUAAACUCUUUUUGGA